AUGAGAAUUUUGUCAAUGAUUUUUCUCCUUAGGAUAAUAUCUGUUAUGGGUUGCGAUAAUAUCUGUUAUGGGUUGCUCAGAGAAGUCUUCGUUGAAAAACCAGAUAUGGAGUAUCCAAGGCUUGUUCAAAUUUUCUACGCCAACUUCAAGUAUGAAGGCAUAUAUAUUACAUCAAGAAUUGGUGAAACUAUGAUCAGAUUCACCAUGAAGGAAUUUGGGGCCAUGUGUAAAGUUCCCGCUAAUGAAAAAACCUACAAUGUUAAUGCUCCCAAUGAUUCUGUCAGAUUCAAUCAUGUCGUUGCAAUAGGAAGCUUCCUUAUCAAAGAAAUAAGGUAUAAGAAACUUUCUCUCAAGACAAAAUUCAUGAAAGCAACUUGUUGUGUCAUGCAUCACCUUAUGACCCAUGUGUUAUUCCCGAGGAAGGAAAGUCGUGAACAUCAAGGACAACCAAGGACCAUCUUCUAA